GCCUUUUUCGAAGGGACCGGGGAAAGGAAGUGUGCCACAUUAUCGAGCGUACCCGCUUCUGGCCUCUUGGAAACGUUUUAGGGUCCUUCGGGUUCGGACUGCUUUGGGUGGGCCUGAGCCUUUGGUAAUCUGGUGACGGGUGGGAGCGGCUGCCGGUUCCAGAUACAUCUGUUUAGGCGGCGGACGGGCCGGGCCCACCGUGGCCGCUGCUCUUUCGCUGCCCUUGCCCCCGGGUCUGAUCAGAUGGCUGCCUGGGCCGCCGUCUCCCUGAGCAGGGCCGCUGCCCCAUACUUUCGGGAGCGAUGCCCCGGGGUCCGGGCCGUUUCUCAGCGCGUCUUCCCGGCCUCUCAGCCUAACCCCUUUGGCUGUAGCACCUUUUGGGGUAGGACACUGCACCUCACUGCGGCGGUCCCUGCCGGACACAACAAGUGGUCUAAAGUCCGGCACAUUAAGGGUCCCAAGGACAUGGAAAGGAGUCGCAUCUUCUCCAAGCUUUGUUUGAGCAUACGCCUAGCAGUUAAAGAAGGAGGACCCAACCCUGAGCUCAACAGUAAUCUGGCCAACAUCUUAGAGGUGUGUCGCAGCAAGCACAUGCCCAAGUCAACGAUUGAGGCAUCACUGAAAAUGGAGAAAGCCAAGGCUGUUUAUUUGCUAUAUGAGGGUCGAGGCCCUGGUGGCUUUUCUCUGCUCAUUGAGGCAUUAUCUAGCAGUGGCUCCAAGUGCUAUUCGGACAUCAGACAUAUCCUGAGCAAGAAUAGGGGGAUGAUGGCUGAAGGAGCUCGCCACUUAUUUGACAAAAAGGGGGUGAUCGUAGUGGGAGUGGAGGACCGAGAGAAGAAAGCUGUGAACCUGGAGCAUGCCCUGGAGCUGGCAAUUGAAGCAGGAGCUGAGGAUGUCAAGGAAACUGAGGACGAAGAGGAAAAGAACAUUUUUAAAUUUAUUUGUGAUACCUCUUCACUGCAUCAAGUGCGGAAGAAGCUGGACUCCUUGGGCUUGUGUUCUGUGUCCUGUACACUAGAGUUCGUCCCCCACACAAAGGUGCAGCUGGCUGACACUGACCUGGAGCAGGCUGCCCAUCUCAUCCAGGCUCUUGGCAACCAUGAGGAUGUAAUCCAAGUCUAUGACAACAUUGAGUAACCAGGCUGGUUACUCCCUGGGCACUUUCCUAGGCAAUUGGCAGCCCAUUCUGGAACACAGCCUUCUGCAGUGUCCUGUAAGACUAAAGCAGAUGGGGGAGCCUAGCAGGUUAGGAGGCAUAAGACUAGGACCUGCAGUUUUGUGGCCAAGGGAAUCACCACAUUUCCUUGGGGCCUCUUUGUCAGCUCUGCUGGUGUCUCAGAGCACUCCGGGCUGAGUCCCUGCACUCCCUCCUGGAUGCACAGUAGAGCCCAGUCAGCUAAUCAGACUCUGAUCUCAGGAAGUUGGCCCUUGUAGGAAGGUAGGUGCCCUGAAGGCCUAUAUUAGAAACUGCUCUUAAAUAAUAACAGUGGUUGAUCUGGGUUGCUGUUUUUGGCUCUUGAGUUUUCCUGAUUUUGUGGCUAGCUGUUAUGACCCUCUUGACUUUGUUUUAAGUUGAUAGGUUUAAUUCCACUACUCUGGUCCCAGAACUAUUGUCUAUUUUUUGAUUAACCAUAGAAAUGUAGCUUUCCCCAGGCACUCUGCUCUAAUGCUGGUCUAGUAGCUUACACCUGUCAUUCAUACAACUAAUAUUUAUCAAAAACCUACUAUGUACCAGGAGCCAGACUUACCAGGAGCACAAGCUGUUCCAUUGGUGCUCUGUGUUGAUCCUGCUCUAAGACACAGGACUGCUCUUUUAUGGGUAGUGUGAGCUGCUGUGCAUACACCCUCAUUCUCUUUGGGUUGCCUCUGUGCCCUGCUUCUCCAGGGAGCUUAAGGCUCUAACCCAGUGGGAAGUCAAGUGCCAGUGAUAAAGGACUCUCAGGCCUCUCUUUGCCCAGGAUCCCGUGUGUUCUGAAAUUGGUCAGAGUGGACCCAUUGGCAGAUUAGACUGCUCUCAGAAAAGGCUAUGCCAAGCUGGUUUUGAAAGCUGCUUGGUCCACCAGAUGCCCAACUCUAGCUCCUUUUCAUCCCUGAUGCCAAGUAAUGGGGCACUGUGAACUGCAGAGGAAAUGAGAACAGAAGGAAGGGUGAGUCAGGAACCUGGUGAGGUGGGAGAUGGAGCCUUGGUGCCUUUUGCUGUGGUGUCACUUCUGGAUUUAGAGAGACCAGGAGUGCCAAACACCUGUGCCAGAGCCCAUCAAGAAUGUCAGGCCUGGAGUAGAUUUUUGAUCCCUGCUACUCACCUACUUGUAAGUUGUUUAAACCAGCUCUGAGCUCAGAGUAAUCUUCCUGAAGAAGCCUCAGGUAAAUGAGGAUGGAAAAGAGCACAACCCAAAUUGGCUAUAAAUGGUAACUUCAGCUUCUAGGAAAAACAAAUUACCAAUUUCACAAUGACUUCAGCAGAUGGAGAGCAAAGGCUAGGGGGAGGAAAACCAAUGAAAUAAUCCACAGUUAUACCAAAGCAUAUGCUCUUACACUUCAUUUCAUAAUCAUGAUACUACCUGGGGUUCUUUAAUUUUUAUAGGUGAUAGAUACCUCAUACAAAUAAUCUGAAAAGCACAUCAUUAAAACAGGGCAACUUAAAGUUUAAAUGCUGUUUCAUAAUUUAUGAUACUUCCAUAUACUUUUUUACUUGAUUUUCACAGGAGACCUAUAAAAUAGCCAAGCCACGUAUUUUCUUCACAAAUGGUCUCGUACCAAGCAGGUGAGAACAAGUCUAACAUCUCUUGUAUUGCUAGACCUUGGUAUAAAAUAAACAUAAUUUGUAAAUGUUGAAUAUAAAGGCAUACUAGAUGGCUCUGCACUGACCCCUGGUGGUGCCCUGCAGGCUUUCCUGCAGUUAAUAUGGGAAAGGCAGAAAUGAAACCUUAUUUGUUUGGACCUUUUCUGCCUCUAGAUCUGGUAGAUACCCUUAGCUACACAGGUUAAAUAGUUAAAUAACUAACUAUUUAAUUAAAUAGUUAAGUAACUUUUUAUGUAUAUGAAGUUUUCUGUCACUAAAAAUUAUUUUUCAAAGAAUAUUUUAUGUCAGAAAAUGUUAAUAUAUAAUGUUAAAUGGAAAACAAAGAUGCAAACUAUAUAUAUAGUAUGGUCCAAAUUUUAAAAUAUAAAUCAUAGUAUACAUAUGAACUUAUAAAAAAGCUCUAGAAGGAAAUGUACCAUAACAUCAAAGAUGGUGGUUAUGAUUUUUAUUUUCCAUAAACAUGAGCUACUUUUAUCAGGGGAAAAUUUUUUUACAAGAAAAUUAGUCACAUUCUUGUCUAACUAGGGAGACAGGAUGUGAAAGACCAGGAGUCACCUUAAAGCCUACCGGGGGGAUCGGCUUCUGACUUGCCUUUGCCUCCUCUUUGGUCAUUAUCUUAGCAACAAAAAAUCAUUCAGCACUUUGUAGCUGACUUGGGCUCACUUUCAAGUGUCCUUUCAGUGGGCUGGAGGAAUCUGUGAAAGCUCCUUUCACAGCCUUGACUCUUACAAGAAGCACUCAUGUGGUAUGUAGCUACCCAACCUCUGCCAAAGGCCCUGGAUGAAUUGAAUAGGAACAGUGAAUUCAACCAUAUGGCUGGGUUUUUUUUCUCCUCUCUGAAACGUACAGCAUAGCAGUCAGUAAAGCUUCAGGUGCUGAGAGACCUCAAAUUCUAGAUUUUUAUUUGCAUCCCUGGGAAUUCCUCUGAAGGAGACAUUCUAUGAAGAGAAAAAUAAAUGAGCCAGUAGGUCUAGCAAAAGCAAGUGUUAUGAUAGAUACCACCCUAGUCUUGACUGAAUUCAUUUUCUCUUUAUCUCCAGGCAGUGAUGGGAUAGCAGUUUUUACUUUCUCUUCUUUUUUCUUUCUUUUGUCUAUGCCAAAAAGGUAACAAUUACUGGUUUUUAAAAGCCAAACCUUAUAGAGAUAUAUAACAAAAAAAUAAGAGUCCUAUCUAAUCUACUUCCUAAGAUACAACCAACUUUAACAACUACUCUAUAUUAUUUUAGUCAUUUGAACCAAUCUUCUGGGGAACAAAUUCUGACUGCUAAUUCCUAGUAAACUUGGAUGAGAACUUAAUCUGCACCUAUUUCUUCAUCUAUAAAAUGGGGAUAAUAGUGGGAAACAAGGCUAUUAUUUAUUGAGCACUUACUGUUGCCAGGCAUUGUUUGAAGUACUUAACAUAUAUUAACUGAUUUAAUUCUCAAAACAGUCCUAUGAAAUAGAUACUAAGUAUGAAUGAACAUUUAAAAAAAUUGAAAUGUGAUUAUUAUAUACAUUUCUGCUAUAUAACCUGUCAUUUCUCCUUUUUUUCACUUCACAAUAUAUCCUGAAUAUUUAUUUGUUGGUAUUAGUAUGAAGUCUGCUUCAUUUUUUUUAGUAGCUACAUAGUAUUACUGUAUUAAUUAUAUGCCAAAAUUGAUUUAAUUAGUCUCCUGUCAGUGGACAUUUGGGCUGUCUUACCUUACAAAAGAUGGUGCAGUGAACAUUGUUUAUCUUUGCUCACUUGCAAAGUACUCCUUAGGAUAAAUUUGCAGAAGUAGAAUUUCAACAUGAAAAGCAAUUUUUCUUUGAAAGUUAAUGUCAAUAAUAUAUAAAUAUCAUGUGAUAAAAAUCUUCUGUGAGGUAUACGUCAUUCCUUAACAAUGCAGAUAAACUAACUAGUUGAACUGGUACUCUGAACUUGUCCUGUUUACCUCUGAAUUAAAAGAAUUUUCAUUAAA